AUGGUCAUUAAAGCAGCUGCUUCCCAGACUGAUCAAAGCUCAGUAUGGGAGGCAAAGGCGGUGGAAUUUUUCAGACAGCAGCUGAAGCAGAAAGAAGCUCAGACUUGGGUCCCCACCCUGAACGACGUCCCUCUUCACUACCUGAAGCCCAACAGCCUGGUGAAGUUUCAAUGUUUAAUCCAAGACAUGUUUGAUCCGGAGUUCUACAUGGGAGUCUAAGAGACUGUCGAUCUGUCCACAAAGGCCAAAACGCUGCGAUGUGGCAAAUAUAAAGACGUGACAGAGUCUGGGGUGGACUUAAACUGGAGAAGCACAGUAACUGCAGAGAGACAGACUUUCUACUGUGUGUCCAUCCCUGGAGAAAACCAAUGGGCCAAGGACAGGUAUGCAAAGACGACAGGUAACCAGGGGAGGGCGGUCCCCUCCAUGUCGUACGUGGUAAGCAGACAGAAGCAGAGCUACGAGGAGGACGAGGAAAUGGAAAGUCAGCCACAGAAACAGAAGGAGACACAUGCAGCGGAGCUGCUCUCAUACUUCUCCCACGUCCACCUGGGAGACGCUCUGGCUGCUGAGUACCUCCUCCUGCAUCUCAUUUCUACUGUGUACGCCAGGCGAGAUGUUCUGCUGCUGGGCAAGCUGACCUCAGAUGUUUUCCAAACAUCUGCACUGGCCUUGAACCUGAGUGGCUGUCCCGCCGUCUCAUCGUACACAGAACGCCUCUACCAGAUCAUCCAGCAGCUCGUGCCUUCGUCCUACUACCUGGCGAUGAGCCUCCAGAACAUGAACCAGAUGCGGCUGGUGCCUAAGAAAGACUAUGUGGCAAACCGGCUGGUGAGCGGAGCGCUGCAGCUGGCUAAGAACACGUCCCUCUUCCUGGAUGAAACCCAGCUGGAGCAGGGGCAGCUGGACACCACUGGUGUGCGUAAUGUUAAGGCCUUAGGGAACCUGAUCUCUUGGCAGAAGGUAGAUUAUGACUUUAACUUCUACCAGAUGGAGUUCCCCAGCAAUAUUAACGUGCUCAUUGCGUCAGAGGGCCGCUCGCUGCUCCCGUCCGACUGUCACAUUCACCUGCAGCCUCAGGUGGCUCCGUCCCACAUGGAGGAGUACCUGGGCAGCCUCCAUAUCCAUUUGCAGGCCUCAUCACAGCUGAACAAGUUCAGAGUCUUCCUGGGCGUGGAUCGGCUGCUCGACUACAGCAUCUCAGAGGAAGUGACAAAGGCGGUUGAAGACGACUUUGUUGACAUGAGGAAGGACGACCCCCAGAGCAUGUCUGCUGUUGUGGCGAGGCUGCUCUCGCUGAGCCUAGGACAGACGUCUCUGUCCAGAGACAGCUGGCUGAGGGCCAGACACAUUGAGACACUGCGAAGGAGCCAGAUGGAGCAGCACAAGAGCGUCAACGGCAACGAGCCGUGAUCACUGCCAUUUUUGUUUAUUUUUGAUAUCCGUUUGUAAUAAAGACUUUUUUCAUGUGCCCCUCAGUUAAGAUGUUUUUGUAUAACAAGCUGCGCAUAAAAUGUAUAUAUAAGUA